AGCGGCGUUCUCCUUGACAAGUACGCCCCCUCAUUUUCUCCUCUCUACCAAAACCCAAACCCUGCCAACAGCCAAAAAGCAAAACCACUCACAAAAACCAAAAUCAAAAUCAAAAUCAAAACCCGGCGAUGAUCGAAGAGCGGCGCGGCGGAUCCCGGCCGCCCCACGGCAUCCUCCUGGCGGUCGUGGUCGGCAUUGUGGUGGCCGUCCCCUUCCUCGUCGGCGACGGCGGCGAGGCCGUGACCGGGGCGAUCUCCGAGGCGCUCACCCCGGUGGGCCUCCUCCUCCUCCCCAUCGCCCUCCUCCUCACCAUCCAGUUCCUCUCCUCCGACCGCGGCUCCUUCGUGUCCUCCAUCUUCUCCAGCUCCGGCGAGCCCGACAGCAUCCACCGCGCCAGCGUCCCCGUCGGCGUCGCCCUCGUCCUCGCCCUCCUCCUCUUCCUGCUGUACAGCCGCGUCUCGAUCUUCGGCGGCGGCGACGACGACGAGUGACCGAGAUCCCCGCCGGAGCCGACCGGAUCUUCGGAUCCCCGCCGAUCUUCUUCUCGUUUCAGUACGCAUUUCGAUGUUGUUUUUGUUUUUUUUUUUUUUUUCCGAUUUUUACUUUUAGCGUGUGGUAUAGUAUACUAUAGCCGUAGAGAGAGGGCGGUGGGCAGUUCUGUAAUUACAGGGAAGUACGGAUGGUGUUAAUGGUAUUUCCGGUGGAUGGCGGUUGACUGUUGACCGGCUUGCGCUUUGGUCGCUGCUCGGUUCCGAUCAAUGCUUUUAAAUUUUCAAAUCUUCUGUUAGAAGAAUCGAUGCUUUUUGGGAGAUUGAAAUUAAUUGCAUUUCGGCUCGAA